ACAUCAUUUACAAAUAUUUUCACACGUGUGUUUACAAGUGAGGAAUUGAAAGAAAAAUAAAAAACUAUGAAAGUUAAAGUUAUCAGUCGAAAUCCCGACGAUUACAUUCGUGAUACUAAAACACAAAAACACAAAAUUCCUCGUAAUUUCGAUCCAGCUUUACAUCCAUUUGAGGAACAACGAGAGUACGUUAGAGCAUUAAAUGCAACGAAAUUGGAAAGAGUUUUCGCGAAACCAUUUUUGGGUGAUCUUUACGGACAUAAAGAUGGAAUUUCGUGUUUCGCUAAGCAUCCUAAUCAAUUAGGAACAUUACUUAGUGGUGCUUAUGAUGGUGAGAUAAGACUGUGGAACUUAUCGACAAGAAAUUGUACACGAAACGUAGUUGCACAUGAUGGAUGGGUUCGCGGUGUUACUUUCACACCAGAUGGGAAUAGAUUUCUCAGUGUUGGUGAUGAUAAAACUAUUAAAACUUGGGUUUCUGAACUUUCUGAGCUUGACGAUGAUGAAGAAGACGACGGACCAAUCAGCACAAAACUCUCAAAAACAGUUAUCACUUCCAUAUCUCAUCACAGAAGAGAUCCAGUGUUUGCAACCUGUGGUGAAGUAUGUCAAUUAUGGGAAGAAUCUAGAAAUGAACCAAUCAAUACUCUUCAAUGGGGUGUUGACACUUUACAUCACGUUCAAUUUAAUAUGGUUGAAAACAAUUUGUUAGCAGCAUGCGCAAGUGAUCGAAGUAUCAUUAUGUAUGAUCGUAGAGAAGGAAAACCUCUCAGAAAAGUCGUGAUGACAAUGAGACCAAACCGUUUGGCAUGGAAUCCAAUGGAAGCAUUUAAUUUCACUGUUGCGAACGAAGAUUACAAUUUAUACACUUUUGAUUCAAGAAAUUUGAAGCAUCCGAAAAAGAUUCACGAGAAUCAUGUAGCUGCUGUUACCAGUGUUGAUUAUUCGCCAACAGGAAAAGAAUUUGUAUCAGGAAGUUAUGAUAAAACUCUCAGAAUUUAUGAAACUGAGAAGACAAAUUCGAGGGAAAUUUAUCACACUAAACGACAGCAACAUAUAACAGCUGUUGGUUGGAGUUUAGAUAACAAAUACGUCUUCAGUGGUUCAGAUGAAAUGAAUAUAAGAAUAUGGAAAGCGUAUGCAUCAGAAAAGUUGGGACCGCUCCAUCCUCGAGAGAAAGAAGCUUUCAAAUACAAUGAAGCAUUGAAACAAAAGUUCAGUACACAUCCACAAAUCAGAAGAAUUGCAAGACAUCGUCAAGUGCCACGAUAUGUGUAUAAGCAACAAGAUCUUUUGAAAGCAGAAAAGGAAAAACAGAAACGAAAAGAUAUCAACCGUCGACUCAACUCAAAACCUGGAUCAAUUCCAUUUAUUCCGGCAAAGGAGAGAGUUUCACAUGAAUACAAAAGUUUUACUCUUAAGUUCUUAUAUCAAGUCUUCACAGGAGACUUCAUAAAAUUAAAGAAGAAAGAAAAGAUAGAAAAAAAUGUAGUGAAGAAUGCAUCUUCAAAUUAUUUAGAUUAUCUUAAAUAUACCGAAACUCGACAAUGUACACUUCAUGAAAUAUACGAAGCUGAGAAACGAGAUAAACGAGCAAAGUGCAUUAAAGCUAAAGGCAAUGGCACUCUUUACCUUAUGAAUUCAAUAAACGAUAUUAUGCAAUUUCUUGCGCCAUCAGGAAGUGGGAAUUUAAAAUCAGAUAUUCCUGGAAAUUGCGCUAUCAUUCUAUUUUACACAAAAUUCUGUCCUGGAUGUUCUGCGCUUGUACCACAUUGGAAUUCCCUGUCAAGAAAUUUCGUAGACAUUAAAGUUGGUGCUCUUGAUGCAUUGGAGCAUCCUGGUCUGAACACCGACUUUGGAAUCAUAGGAUUACCUUCAAUUAUAAUUUUCCAUCAGGGACGAAUGCUUCACAAAUUUAAUAACACACAACAAGGAACAGUCACCAAUCUUAUUAAUUUCAUACAAGCUCAUACAAACCUUAAACCUGUGACAGCUAAUGUUGUGGUGACAUCAGAAGAUUUCAGUCCAAAUAGUCCAUUAAAAGUAAAGAUGCAAGAAGAGUCUUUUGAUGGCUAUUUGUUAUUAUCUUGGAUAUUUAUAAUUGUUUGUUCGAUUUAUUACUUUACGAAAUCGCACACGUAUCGUCAGAUUGUGGAAAUGAUUAACAGAACUUGGAGAGAGUCUAAUGAGGCAGCAGCGCAACGUCACCAAGCUUUACUAGACACUAUGAUUGUGAUUGCGAGAAUCUUUCGUUCUAGUUCAAACAUAAAGUCAAUCGGAAUUCGUUGUCUCUCAAUAAGUUUAACACAAAAUUCAAGAUUAGCGGAAGUUGGUAAACUACAGACUGUUAAAACCGACGGAAAUUAUCUCACCGGUCAGUUAUUUCUUCAUAAAGUGUUCGGUUACCGGGGGGUUGUUUUAUUUCCAUGGACUGCGAAAGUGUAUGAUCGUGAUGUAAACCAAAAGAAAGAAGACGAAGAAGACACCACAGCUAUUUCAAAUGAUCAUCGAAAUGUCAACAACAAGGAAGUGCAAAAAAGAACUCAAACGUAUUAUCAAGUUCUCAUUGAUCAACGUGAUUGUCCGUUUAUUCGUGCUCAAACUGAGGCUGUGACAUUUUUGGGAAAUAACCAGGAAUCAUCAAGAAGCUUGUACGCUAUUCCUGGUCUUGAUUAUGUGUCUCAUAAUGAUAUAAUCCCCUACCAGACCUUUGAAUCUACUGCAUUAAGUCAUGAAUUAUUUGACAAAUUUUUAACACGCACCGACAGCGAUCCACCGUUCACAGCACUUGAAACACUUAAAGCAUGGCAAAAAAAGAAUCAUACGUUUUUAGAGCUUUCUGAUGUUCAUAUCGAGACAACAAACUCUAUUCGAAUCACAGUAAUUCCAUUCUUUAUGGGAUGUCGAGAAACUCCUUCAAGUUCAGUUUAUUGGUGGCGUUAUUGCAUUCGUCUAGAAAAUCUUGGAGAGCUUUCAUGUCAAUUACGUGAACGACAUUGGAGAAUUUUUUCUCUUUCUGGAACUUUGGAAACUGUUCGAGGUCGUGGCAUUGUUGGUCAAGAACCUGUUUUAAAUUCACGUUUACCAGCUUUUCAAUAUAGUUCGCAUGUGAGUCUGCAAGCACCAUCAGGCCACAUGUGGGGAACAUUCAGAAUGGAGAGAGAAGAUGGAUUAGUUUUUGAUACAAAUUUAAAUAGAAUUAAGUUCAGUAUAUUCUCAAAUAUGCCAGCUAUAUGCGAUUCAAUCACGUCCAAAAUAAGUGAAAACUUGAGUCAAAGUUUCAAAAAAACAGAGAAAGAAAAUUUUGAAAAUCAUUUGACUCCAACUGCGAAGCAAGUGCUUACAACUAAAAUUGAAUAUGAACCAGUCGCCAAUUAUACAAAUUCAAUUCUAAGCUCACUUCAAACCAAGUAUAUUGUCUUAAAACCUAAUCAGCCUGCCUUGUCAGCAAAUGGAAACGCCACAAAAUCUUUUCAAAACACCAAUGAAAAAAGUCAUCCAGUAAAUGGAAAUUCUACCUCUUCUAACCAACUGCCACAGCCAAAGAAAACGCUUUUCCCGCGUGAAAGUGUUCAAGUAGGAUGGAACAAUAUUGGUCGAAGUUGGUCACCAGGAUGUGGUUUUCACAAUGUGGGCAAUACAUGUUAUCUUAAUUCAACACUCCAAGCCUUUUUUCAUGUUCCCGCGGUUGCACAUUGGCUUAUAUCUGAUAGAGAGCAUCGCGAAAAAGGAAAUUGUCAAAAUAGUCAAAUUUGCAUUAUUUGCGCAAUGUCGCAAACAUUAAUAAGUUCACAACGACAACAACAUUCAAUGACACCAUCGUUGAUAACAAAUCGUCUGCAGACCAUUUGUCGUCAUUUAACACUAGGGCGACAAGAAGAUGCGCACGAAUUUCUUCGAUAUCUUGUUGAACAAAUGGAGAAGGCUUAUUUGAAUCGUUUUAAAGCGAUGCUAAACUUUAAAGAGUUGGAUCAGUACAGCAAAGAAACAACACCGCUUAAUCAAAUUCUUGGUGGUUAUCUUCGCUCAACCGUAACUUGCUUAGCAUGUAAACACGAAUCGAUCACAUUUCAACAUUUUGAAGAUCUUCAAUUGGACAUCACUCGUGUUUCAACAUUGCAUGAGGCUCUUGCAGGGUAUUUUUCACGUGAGAAUCUUGAGGAAUGUGGAUACAAAUGUGAGUCGUGUAAGAGAAAGGUGUCAGCAACAAAAAGAUUCAGUCUUGAACGAGCUCCAGUUGUCCUCUGCAUACAAUUGAAGCGUUUCAAUGUUAUGGGUGGAAAACUUGACAAGCAGAUUCAGAUCAGUCAAAACAUGGAUCUUCAAAAACAUUUGGCAAAAUCUUGCGAUCCAACACAAAGUUGCUAUUAUCGACUGGUCUCACUUGUGACACAUCUUGGUGGAUCAGCUUCUGGGGGUCAUUACACUGCGAUUGGAUUGACUCCUAACGGUAAUUAUUAUCAAUUCGAUGACUCUUGCGUGUCUCCAAUUUCAACGGAAAGUGUUCUUCGCACAAAUGCGUAUCUACUUUUCUACGAACUUCUGACGAAACAAAAAAACCAUUCAUUGCAUAAUUUCAACGCAAUACAUCAAAAUGAACACACGUACAGCAAAUGCGCUUCCUCUCCCAUUAAUAUUAAUAACAUCAAUUCACCAUUGUCAUCAACAACGAAUCGAAGUGAUUUUGAUCGUUUACGUGAAAACAAUAAUUUCGCUAAGCCAAUAUUGCCGAAAAUGAUUCCACUUCAAAUUGCACGACAAAAUAUCAAGCAGAAAGAAAAUGAAACGACACCACCACAACAAAAAAAUGGAAAUUCCCUUAUUAACAAUCAACAGGCGAGAAUUUUAAAUGGCAAAACUCCAUCACAAUUAUUCUCAGCCGUGAAACUGAAUGGGAAACGAUCAGCAUCGGAUGAAGACGACGACAAAGAUUUGAUUGUAUCUAAAAAACAGAAACCGUCAUUGCCGAGCUUACCACGACUGACAAGCGAUGAAAUAAUGAUGAUGAAGCAGACACUUGCAACAGUUUCUUCGUCAACGUCAUCGUCACCAUCAACGACUCCAGUAAAGCCGAAAAGUUUGGUUCCUUAUGGCACUGAUGAUGAGGAUGAUGAUCAAGUUGUUAGCACAAGUAAAUGUGAAACUGAUUCUGUUUAUCUCUGUAGAACAUCUUCAGGAGUUUUUGUAGAAACUGAUCUGAACAUUGUUGGUCCAAGUAAGCAAGGCAGUACAGUUGAUAAAACUGUUGUCACAAAAGCUUCAGUAAAAAUCAAUAAUGGAACAAACGGAAACGUGAAAGACAGCAAUUGUAAAGUAUCAACGAAUGGUUAUCAUAAUGGAAAGAAAACUGAAGAUCAAUCGUCACCACCAACACAAAAAAUGAUCAAGACAUCUUAUGAGAAUGGGAAAAGUAAUACGACCAAUGGAUAUCAUGUCAAACGUAACGAUGACACAUUGCAACAGUUGACAAAACUCAAUCACAGUGGUUACGGUACGAGUGACGUAUUGUCGUGGAAUCAGACACCGUCACAAAUGAGUCGUGAAGUUGAGAAAGAUCAACAUGAAGAUCGAAAACGACAAAGUUUAGAUACGGAUGAUGUUGAAAUGGAUGCGGGACGUACAAAGAAAUUGAAAUUUUUUAAUCGUCAUCAGAGUUCACAUCAAGGAAAACUUCCAAAUCCAUUUCAAGGUCAACAAAAUAAUCAGAAUUUGAAUGGUAAUGGAAAUUAUCGUCAUCAUCAACAAAGUUCUUAUAAUGAUCGUGGCAAUAGUUUCAAUCGUGGCUUUUCAAAUGGUGGCAACAAUCGAAAUAAGUUUAAAAAUUCUUUUAAACGUGAUAAUUAUUAUCAAAAUGGUCACAAUCGUCACAACGGACCGAGUGGACAAUAUAACAACAACAAACGAUACUUCAACUCUAGCAACAAUCAUCGACGUUAGAUGACAUCUUGAAACCGAGAGAGAAAGAAAGAAAAACUUUCGGAUGAAUUUCUGGGAGAUUUUCUGAAGUCUGAAAGGUUUUUUCUUCUAACUUCUUUUCUAUAAAGUUUUUAUUUCUCUUUCCCAUCGUUAAUUAUUGAAGUUUAUACAAAAUAUUAUCCUUAGGGACUGUCAAAUAUAAAAUAAUUAAAUAAUUCAAGAAAUAUGCAAUUAUUUUAUUUAAGAACAGAUUUUAUUAUUUUUUCUGUUUUCUCUUCUUUUUAUUUUGCAAUCUUCAAUAAAUUAAUUAAAAUCUUUCUUUCUGUUGGAAUCAUCAACAACAUAAAUUUUAAGAUGUUUUUAGACUGAAUUAAGCGACUUUCAUGAUAUCUACAAUAAGAAAUCAAUUAAAAAAGUUUGUAGAUUUAUCAAAGUCGAAGAGAAAGAAACACAUAAAAUUAUUUGGUAUCGAUAAUUGAAUAUUAUUCAACAUACUUUAAUCAACAUAGACUGUAAGUAAGCAGAUUUAUGAGAAACUAAUUUUAACAAAGACUUCACAAAUAAUAAAAAGAAAACCUUGUGAAUAAUAAGAGAAAACAAAAUGUUAAAUAUGCUUACUUUUAAGAUUAUAAAAAUUUCGUCAUGAAGACUUAAAAACCGAUCACGAUAACAAACAUUUAUCGUGAAUCCUUUCCUUGGAAACGCAAAUUAAUGAAUGCAUUGAAUGUUUGUACAUAAAUAAAUGCAAAAUGAAUGAGAAUAGGCGAAUGACUUUCUAAUUUAUAUGUAAACAAAUUGUAGAAUAAUUAUCAAUUAUAAGAAGUCAAAAAAUGAAGAACUGCACCAGAUUGUCAUCACAUGUGUUGCAACACUUUUGAAAUGAAAAAAGAAUGAAAAUAAUUUUAGUUCACGAGAAUUAUCAAUAAAAUUUCACGUUCAUCUGUAAACUAAACAA